AUGUCAUCCGACGAAUAUCAAGUUCAGAAUAUUUACCGUUAUUGCAGGAAAUCUUACAAAAACAAUUGCAGUGGUUGUUUAGACAAUUACACAGCAAGCCCAAGAGAUGAGGCAGAAUCUGAAGUAGCGGAUUCUUCUCCGAGAAAUGAUAUAAAGCCAGAUGAUACAAGACUUGCGACUGCUGGAUGCAGUUGUGACCUCGAUCCUGACAGUGAAAUAGCUAAUAUUCUACAUAAGAAAUGCCCGGUAAUUGCUUUGGCCCAACAGCAGCUACAGAAGAUUUUAGAUGAAACGGAUAGAUUGUUAAGCGAGACUACUAGAGAUUACAGGUCACCUUACGACGUUUUAUGCUUUUGCAAAGAAUCCAUUUUGAAUGUAAACAAAUAUGAAUACGCAUUUAUUAUUUUAGUAUUCUUAGCUUUCCUGUUUGGAGUGCUCUUAGGUGGAGCUUCGUGUAAAUCCCAACAUGGGAAGUUUAACAGUAUCAUAUUUACAUGCUUAGAUAAUUUAUUUACACCAGACACUUUUCCGAUUGAUAAAUCCUUCCGCUGUAUUGCAUAG